UUGACUCUGAAUUUGAUUAUUUGUAUCUUGAAACAACAGAUGACUGACCGUGUUAUCCGUCACACAAAGAGACUACCACAGUCUAGAUGUUCCCCUUUCACUAAUGGGACUACUGAUGAUGUCAGCAAAGAGAAGGAGCAGAAAGAAGAAGCUGUGCGACUCGGAGUUGAGCUCUCCCUCUUUAUGGCUGAAGCAAUGUUCAUAUUAUCCGAUGACAGACGUUCUAUGACGUACUUCUGUUUUUUGACAUUGUUUAAAACAAAGAUGGAUCGUCGUGGUCCCGCGGUAAGACGAUUGUACCGUGUCAUACAACACGUGUAUGCAACAUAUAUCAAACCCAAGAAUCUCGUCUACAUCGAUGGCGGAAAAUCCACUCAAUCAAAACUGAUGGGGACGUUUCGACAAGAUUUUGUUUCUGCCAUCAGAGGUUUAGCUCACAUUGUUUCCACUCUCGAAAUUGGUUGCCUGGUGAAACCGUCUGUUUUUGAACAAUACAACCGAGAGCUGAAGAAGCUAGAGGAGAAUCUGGGUUCUGUCAAGGAUGUUUCAGAGUCAUUUGGGUUUGCUAGGGAAGCAAUUGAGUCUGAGAUUCUUCCCCUGUGGAAGUCUCUCUUUGAAACAAAUUCUCAAGUGAUAAAACUUGAUAAGACUAUUAAUAGUGAGCUGCUUAGGCCUCUCUUGAACGAAUUGAACAAGGAGAUUUGUGCUCGUAGUCUUGCUUCUUUAGUCAUCAAGCCCGGUAAAUAAAAUCAUAUUACAAGGUUCGAUGAUGUUAUUUUAUUGCAUAUUGUUCGAGUUUUUUUUUUAGA